GAUGAAUCUCAUUUUAAUGUUCAGACGGAUGAAUCAAGACUUCGAGAAGUCUUCAUAGUGAAUUGAUCUUCUUACACUUCAAGAUGCUAUUCCUUCUACUUCCCACGAAUAAAACAUGCUGUUAACUCCCCUCUUUGAAGAAGAAGGUGGUCCAAUCAGCAGUUGCCCUCACGUUCCCGCGUCUGAACCUUAAAGUCCUAGCAUCAUCCUCAAUCGUUUCUUGGAUCGCAGGUCCGCGAUCGUAGCCAUAUUGUUUGUGCGGGAUUUUUCCUUAAGAUCGUUGAUCCCUCGUAUCAAGUAAACAAGGUAAAGUGCCAUCGUAAGAAUUAUUCAAUAAGAUUGUNACAGCAACAUGUAGCAAGCUAAAUCAAUUAACAAACGGGAAGAGUGUAUAAGGAAGCUUAUUCUGUCGUUGUAUGGUGUAGUCACGGACAAGGUUUCAUUGGAAUGCCCCACUCCAUGUUACGGCACUGUGCCUUGUGAAAUGCGGUGGCCCCGCAGCGAGAAAAACGGGGGCCCGACUGAACACAUUAGCUCUCGGGAGUGUAAUAUUGCUAGUAUGUUCAGGAUUUCGAUAACGAAAAUAAGUGUCUGAUACGCGGCUAAUAUUUAGCCGUGUUUUUGUUUCCUUUUCUUCAUAAAAUUAUGCUCUCGUGUUUUAAUUCGGUUACUGACAGCUGGAACGCGAGCAUACCACACGAUCGUAGAGUUACGACGUAAACCGAGGCUGUCGACUUUUAACACUGUAACGGUGUCCAGAUUGUUCGCGAAGACGAAUACGAAGCUCAUCAUAUAUGAUUUGACAAUAAAAAAAAAGUUAAAAUUAUUUAAAUAUUCGUAAUUACAAUUUUACAAAGUGUAAGUGUAUGUUGCAUUGAACUGACGUACGAGACGCCGCUAAGAAGAGAACGGACGAGGACAGCGCAUAAAAAUUCUGAAUAAAAGGGAAAUUUACAGCGGAACUUGUAAGGAAUCGAGUGACAGUGAUGCGAGGAGAUUAGAAGGAGAAAACUCGUAGGAAAAAGAAAAGGAAAAGGGAUGAAAUCUGAGAAAACAUGAGGUGAAAAUUUAGUGGAACUACAAGAUAAGACACAUAUCGCGUAAGGGCCAUCUCUUAAGUAGUAUAUCCGAUCUUGAGAGAGCAGGAGAGUGAAGAAAAGGAGAGACCGUACGGUGACCCAGAUUUUAGCGGGUCGAACGAGACAGGCAGAAGACACGAAAAAGUCGCGGUGGACUUUUUGAAAUGGGACACAGUAUAGCCUGGAGCUAAAUUAGCCGCGAUGUCCAAUAAGAGUAAGUCCCAGCCGCAGCAGCAGCAUCCUUCGCACGUGACAGUGGAACAAGUGCCACCACGAUAUCAGCCACCACCGCAGCCAACCAGCGGUAUCCUCAAGAAUCAUCCUCACUUUGGUACAGGCCCUUCCGUGCCAACCUCGGUGUCUACCGCUGGUCAAGGUACCGUCGCGGCCUUGAAUCAUCAUCAACCCGUGCAAUCGCGGCCUGUGACGCAACAGAAGGAUGUGCAGAGUAAAUACUCACCGAGGAUAGAACAUCGGCAUCAUCCUCAAGGUGGUAACACAUUAACUGCGCCCGUCUCAAAAACGCAGUCUCAUAGUUACCUUCAGGCCAAGGUCGGCCAAGGUCAAUACCUGCCACCUAACGGUCAAUAUCCUACGGUAAACACUGCACAGACACCACCGCUCAGACAAAGGAUUACCGACGACGAGUUCCUUAGACUCGGACCCGUGGAGAUGCUCAAAUUUGUCCGCAAGACUGAGAGCGACAUCGCAAGGCUCGCCGCUGAGCAGAACCGACAGAUACAGAGCUUGCUUGGCGAGCUUCGAGCAUUAAAAGAAGCAAAUCAAAGAUUAAGCGAUGAUAAUCAAGAACUGCGAGAUCUUUGCUGCUUUCUGGAUGAUGAUCGUCAAAAGGGUCGGAAAUUAGCGAGAGAAUGGCAAAGAUUCGGAAGAUAUACGGCGAGUGUUAUGCGACAAGAAGUAUCCGCUUAUCAGAAUAAAUUGCGACAACUGGAUAACAAACAGCAAGAGCUAAUAAAGGAUAAUCUAGAGCUAAAGGAACUCUGUCUUUAUUUGGACGAAGAAAGAGGAGGUGGUCAAAGAGACGACGGAGAUGGUUCAAGUUCAAGUACGAAUGCUGAAGAAACCGCGCCACCGAGACCAAGACAUACAUCCACGUUUAAUGACCAAACUAUGCAAUAUGUAAGGAGUUUAGAACAGCGGGUAAAGCAACUCGAAGAAGAUAAGAGUCUUUUACAAGCAAGAGCACAAGGUUGGGAGGUACCGUCUGGUGAAAUCUGGGAAAAUCAGAACAGUCCUGGCGAGAAUACUCACAUAGGAAGUCGACCAGAAGCAGUGGUCCGAGCUCUUCAGGUUCUUGAAGUUCGAGAACAAUUGGAGAGAGAAGGCGGCCACGACGGAGAAAAAGCAUUAGUUAGAGAAAUGUGCAAUGUUGUUUGGCGGAAAUUGGAGGAAGGUCCACAAACGAGGCAUUGAUCAUCGUAUUGUAAGCGUGAUUAAUUAAAUACCAUAGUGUAGUCGUUGCGCGGUCUGUUAAUUCGGAUAGCGUAUUUGAUAGUAUUACAGUCAUUAAUGCAAAUGUUAUGAAUUUUAUAGAUUUAUCGCAUGUACCUAUAAGUAUUUCGAUGUAAGAGUCAAUGUGCCUAGUUUGCAAUAUUUAUAUAAAUAUUGUAGUGCCGUUAGAUUGCCUACAUAAAU